UCCUUGUUCCAGGCUACUCAUUUGCCAUUUGAAAAAUAUAUAGAAUGUGUGGGUGUGUAUAAUAUACACCCACAAUUGCAUAGAAAAUGAAAGCAAUUUUUUUUAUAAAGUGUAAAUUCUGGUCGUUAUAUUAACGUCAUCUAAAAUGUGCGGAGAAAAAUUAAAGCGGAACUACGUCAUCGUUUGUCUCUGGAAAAAAUAGUUAUAAAGCUUUCUAUCGAAAUAUGUUUCUAUGGCAACAUUUAAUGGUCAUAGUAUUUAUUAUUGUUUACAUGUCAUCUGAGAAGUGCAGAGCUGAUUACAAAGAAGUAUAAUAUUAGUUAAUUAACCGACUAUAAAAAUUAAGCAAAUAUAUAAAAUUCUUUAUCUCCCGUAGAUAGAAGAAAGAUGAAUGAUGUAUUAUCUUGGGUAUUGCUGAAGAGAGAAGAUCUUGUAGACCUGUCGAAAGAAGCUGCCCCAGUCACAGGGCCGGUGUCCAUCCAGCUGAAGAAGGACAUGAGCUUUGAGGAUCUCCGGGCGGAGGUUCGCAGGUGGCUGGGUCUCCCGGCAGACAGUACGAACCUCAUCAAGCUGCGCUUGAAGGACAGAACUUUUGUCCCACUCUCGUAUCUUCUAGCCGGUAACACUGAGGAUGAGCCUUUCCUAAUGGAGAUCACCAAAGUACAUCAGCACGCAUUGGCAUCUGGCCGACCUCUUCCUAAAGUUUACAAAGAAGCUGUUGAAUUUAAAAUGCAGAACUUGCUGCAACGGAUCCAGCGUCUGGAGGCCGCCGUGCCAGGGCUACGGUCGCGGCGGGAGGCCAACAUUGAGCGGGCGGUCGCGGAGAUGGACAGCAGGGUGCAGUUCCUGGACCGGCGCAUCGACGAGCUGGCACCCCCGGAGUGGAGGGAGCUGCUGCAGAAGCCGUCCGCCACCGGCUAGACCGCCUAGUCGUCCUCUUCAAACCAGCUCGUACCCUCCUGGGCCGGGGCCCCGAGUUGUCCCCCAGAACCUGUUGCACCUCUAGACCUGGACAGCUGCAAUCCACUCGUUUGCCGGCGUCCCUCUUCGGAACGAGCUGGUGCUGCCUCUCCCCUGACACGUGCUGUUUCGGGCCUGCUCACCAGCGACGUCUGCUUUGUUGCGACUGCUUUUGACUCGUCACAGGGCUCGGAUCUUCCAUCUCCUGGCGUUUCUGCGAAACUUGUCUUCCGAGGCAAAGUUAUGCUUGUGGCGCCUCUUUACACUUUCUGACGUCACAGGGUGUUUUCUAGCGCCGCUCAAGUCUUGUGCCGAUGUAUUCCCCAGUCAGAAAGCGAUAGUAAGCAGCCCGCCGACGGUCACCAUACUCUGGUAUUACGUCUUACGUCACCACAUAAUGUUCUUAACGUCUCUCGUUCCUGGGUGUCUGACUGAUCCGUGCUAACGUCUGCGUAAAUCUCCCGAUGCGUCUUUCGCUUCCGUGUAAACUGCGCUUUGUGAAGUCUGGUUCUGUCUCUCUCUCGUUCGGGUUUUCUUGUCUCACUUCUUUCUGCAGCGACUUGGAGUCUGGGACUUGUGUCGUCUUCUGCUACCGCGAACCUAUUUAUACAGCUGGCCCGCGGACAGUUGUGCCACAGUGAGUCACAACCAAUCAUUGCAGAUAUUGGUGUGGCUGGGUGCAUAACUCCUGGGCAUUCUGCCGGUGGCACCGGCGCUGGUUGCCUAUCCAUCAGGGAUGCCGCUCGUUUGCCACAGGAGUCUCUAAACUGGCUACAAGUGUGGUGCUGCUGGUCACACCACAACUAAGUUAUUUGACACUAAGUACUCAAGUCAUUAAAAUGUACAUAUCCGUGAAGUGCUUUCUGUUUUCAAGUCUUUUUAAAGGACUGGAUUACUACAAAAUAUUUAUAUAAAAAUUUUUGGUGUAAUAGCUUAAUAGGAAAACACAUACAACAAAACAAAAAUUGAAUUACGAGCCAAUUCAGAAUAUUCAAUGAUCUUCAAAUUAAUCACUUUUGUGUUUUUAGGUGACAAAUGUCGUAGCCAAUCAAGGGUGUAUAGUAUGUACCAGCCCAUAUGUGUUUAUGUUCUUAUGUAUAUUGUAAAUAAAAAUAAUUGUACUAUAUUGCAAAAUGUACCUGAGUAAAAAUGUCUGUAAAUGUUUAAUGUGUGUACAUUUUGUUCAACCCAUGUGAUAUUGUAGUCUAUAGUAAUUCAUACUGACUAGACAGUUUAGCCUGCCUAGGGGUGGUUGCUGAAUGUUGGUGGUACCCACAAUGUGUUUAGUGAUUACAUGUUUUAGUGUAUGCAGUGUCUACCUCUUGUAUUUUCCUGUACAUUCAUGUUGUGUUUGUGCCUGCCCUCUAUGUAUUUAUACUGUUGGCAGGCAUGUAAGAAUUAUUAGCAAUAGUAAUAUUUUAAAAAAUGAAAAUGUGUCAUUUACAAACAUAUUUUCAGAAACAUUUAUGUCAGAAAUAUGAAGAUGUUUCAUGUAAUUCAACAUAAAAAAACUAGUCAAUUAAAUUAUUAUCAUUAAAUCAGUAUGUUUUCUUUUUGAAAACCAAACGAGCGAAGACGAGACUUGUGUAUAUUAUGUCUUGAGUGAUCACUGCUGUGUAACAGUCUGCUGUGUGAUUGAUAAUGUGUUUACCAUGACACCAGGGAAAAAGAAGCAUUAAUAUUAUGUAAAAUGACUACAGACCUAGCCUUCCUUGUCAAUCAAAUCUUGGCCACGAAUAACCAAAAUCAAUGCUAUGUUACAAAUAUUAUUAAGAGGGUGCCUCCCAUUUCAGGUCAAGAUUUUAUAUUUACAGUAAUUACAGAUAAACUUGUAAACUUUAUCAAUUGUUUAACUUUCAUGAAAUGAAAAAUAUAUACAGCGCAUACUUUUUGCAUAAUUAUACAUAAUUAGCUGCCAAAGUCACAUUAUUAACAUGUUUUUGGGUUGUACAAAUAAUGAGAAUUUAUAUUACUGCAGAACUGAAACUUUUUAGGUUUAACUGCAAUACCACUGGCUACUUUAAGACUGGGAAAGAAAGAAAGAACGGGAUUCUAUUUUUAAAGCCACCCACUUGGGUGGCGACUGCAAGGCUGAAGAAUGUGACAUGUCAACGGCCGGAUGUUUAGCGGCGAGUGAGAGGGUUGGAGAUAAGGC